ACUGUUCAAGAUGCCACUUGAGGUCAGGUGAGGCAGUUUCACUAACAGUAGCAAAUUUUGGGUUCGUAGGAAGAAGAAAAGCAGCCAGCUGGAAGCAGAGGACAACAUUAGCAGCAGCAGCAACAACAACCUUAACUUCUUAUACUCCUUUCCAUUAGACAGAGACCCAGUAGUUAGUGUGAAGCCAGCAAGGUUGACCGCUUCACGAUCUGGUCAUAACCAUAACCCCAGGCUGCAGGCUGUUAUUAUCCUCGGCAAAUGACAGAUAACUUUUAACAGACUCAUCCUCUUAAUAACUACUACCCUUGCUCUCUUUUGAUUGAUUUUUCUUUUGGGGGGUAGGAACUGUGAGGUAAAGCCAAAGAAGAAGGGAGAAAUGGCAAACAAAAUCUCAUCCAAUUUCUCCGAUCUAAUCCAACGAGUAGCAGCUUCCUGUUUGCUCCAUCCACUCGCCGCUGGUCGACAGGAAUCUGGAAAUAAUGUUGCCGGAAAUGGUGAAGAAGUGUGUGAAUAUGAAACGGAUGAAUGCGAGGAGUUGUCCGAAGAGGAGCAGGAAAUGAGAGAGAAGGGAGGGAGAGUUAAUGGUAAUUGGGAUUUUAAUGUUACGAGCGGAAUGGUGGUGCCGAUGGAGAGAGUGAUGGAGAUGGAGAUGCUGAUGAAUGAGGUGUUUGAUUCGGUAUCGGCGAUGAAGAGGGCUUAUGGGAGUUUACAAGAGGCGCAUUGCCCGUGGGACCCGGAGAGGUUAAGGGUUGCCGAUGUGGCGGUGGUAGGGGAGUUGAGGAGGUUGGCUUUUUUGAGAGAGAGAUUUAGGAGGUGUGUUAGUGUUGGUAGUGAUGGAGGGAGGAGGAGAGGUGUUGGUGUUGGUGGUGAUGGAGUGGGGAUGUUGAGGGAGGUUGUGGCGCCUUAUGAGGCUGCGGUGGAAGAUCUGAAGAAGGAAGUGAAGGCGAGGGAGGUGGAGGUGGAGAAUUUAAAGGAAAAGCUGAGGAGUGUUACUAGCUUGAGCAGUGAUGGGAGUGGAAAGAAGGGGAGGUCCCAGUCAAGGAGGAAAGUUAGCUGCUCUCUUGGUGUUCAAGUUGCAGCAGCCCCAGCCCCAGAGCUAUUUGAAUUAACGAUGAGCCAAGUGAAAAGGACAUCAAAGUCCUUCACGUCGCUUCUCCUGACCUUCAUGCGUGCUGCCCACUGGGACAUUGCUGCAGCCGUUCGUUCUAUUGAAGCUGCCACCACAACCACUGACAAUUUGACCACCAGUACCACUGCUAUCACCUCCACCAUUGCAAGCCACCAUGCCAAGUAUGCUCUGGAGUCCUACAUUUCUCGCAAGGUCUUCCAAGGCUUUGACCAUGAAACCUUCUACAUGGAUGGAAGCCUCUCCUCGCUUCUCAACCCAGACCAGUUCCGCCGUGACUGCUUUGCUCAGUAUCGUGAUAUGAAGGCCAUGGACCCCAUUGAACUUCUUGGAAUCUUGCCAACAUGUCAUUUUGGAAAAUUCUGCUCCAAGAGGUACCUGGAAAUUGUUCAUCCGAAAAUGGAGGAGUCCUUGUUCGGAAACUUGGAGCAGCGCCAGCAAGUACUCACUGGCAGCCAUCCAAGGAGUGAGUUUUAUGGAGAGUUCUUGGGGCUGGCCAAGGCCAUUUGGUUGCUUCACUUGCUGGCCUUCUCACUCGACCCUGCACCAAGUCAAUUCGAGGCAAGUAGGGGAGCUGAGUUUCAUCCACAAUAUAUGGAGAGUGUUGUGAAGUUUUCUAGUGGUCGGAUUCCAGCUGGUCAUAUUGUGGGAUUCCCUGUUAGCCCCGGAUUCAAGCUUGGAAACAGAUCGGUUAUCAAGGCUAGUGUUUACCUAUUUCCCAGAGCAUGAGUUCCAUCUUCCUGAUAUAUGUAAGUCUAGGAUGUUACGUUUUUCCCAGGUAGCUUGCUGCCCCUUGGCAUUCAAAGGAAACUUGCGAGAGGUUCUAGGACAUUACUAGUCUGUUAAUGUCAUUAGGAGUAACAGUUCACUGAUGUUGUAUGUACUAUGAAAAUGUGCCUUUUGUAAUCUUAUGGAGAUUCCAACUUCGGCCUAUAAAUAUUAGUUGGUCUGAUUUAGAACUA